ACUUCCUUUCUUGAGAACAGAACACAGGCAUACAUUAACACCACAUACCCACAAUCACCAAGAGCUGCAGUGAACCGGUACAGAACCUCCACAGACUGAAUGCUGAUCAGUAUAAUUAGGAACAGAGAUGAUUAGUAAUGUUUAUGAAAACUGUGGAAUUUCAGCAAACAACACAUCAGCUGUUGCAAAGCAUGAAGAUAUCUAUACAAAUGAAAUUCCAAGGACUCGAGUGACCAGAAGCAAUGAGGGAAAUAAGAAAUCAGGAGUUUACACAAUGGCUGCAGUGUGUGUGCUGCUGCUGUUUGUUUUCCUACUGAUUGCCGUCACAGUGCUGUGGGUCAAAUACAACACCCUGACAAAAGAGAGACCGCAGUUACAAUUAGAGAGAGAUCAGUACCAACGAGAGCUCUCUAAACUUCACAGUGCCCUUUUAAACCUGGGAUGGAGAUUUUUCAACAAGAGCUUUUACUACAUUUCUACUGUAAAGAGGAGCUGGGAAGAAACCAGACAGGGCUGUAUAAAGAGAGGAGCAGAUCUGGUGAUCAUAAACAGUACAGAGGAACAGGACUUCAUCAGUGAAUAUUCGAACGGUACUCAAGCUUGGAUUGGUCUGACUGACACAGACACAGAGGGGACAUUUAAAUGGGUGGACGGUUCACCACUGACCACUAAGUUCUGGUGGAACGGAGAACCAAAUGAUUAUGAACAAAGCGAGGACUGUGUUAUAACAGGCUACACAAAGGCUAAGUUUAACAUCUCAACCUGGAAUGAUUAUCCCUGUAACCACCUUGUAGUUGGGAUUUGUGAGAUGAAAAUAUUUACCUGAAUCCAUGAAACUAAAAAAAUAUAUGAAGCUUGUGUCUGUGCUUCCUUUUCAUUUAUUCUCACAGUAGCAGCCAGCUAUCAGGUAGCUUGAAUGAUUUGCUGAAGAUUAAACUUAAUUCUGUACUUAAAUACAACAUGGUUUUGUAUUUAAAAAGAGCUGAAACAACAAUCUAUGAAGUGAUUUUAUGUUAUAAACUUGAUGAAAUGAAAUAAAUUAUAUACUACCCACAUCUACAUGACUGUAAGUCUUAGUACAGUUCAGAGAGCUGGAAAUGUGUGAACAUUGCAGCACUGAUUACUGAGUAAAAGCAAUGUUUAAAGAAAACGAUAUAAUUGUUGAUCUAAUUCAUGGAAGGAGACUCCAGUUUCAGUGCAUUGUAACAGAUUCUCUGGAACAUGGCAAGUCCUAGUUACAAAAGGAUGGAGACUUCAGUGUGGAUGAGACACCAGUCCGUCUCAGCACCACAGAAACACUCAUUCACAUAGUCAUUCACACACUUAUACCCUGGAAUCCAGAGAAGCCUAGAUGUGCCCCCUAGUGGCUGAAUUUCUUCAUCUAUUAGCGCUUUUGUUUGAUUUUUGCCACUUCUAUAAUCAGCUGUACCACUUGAUCAGUAAGCUGUGAUGAUGUAACUUGUGCUUGAAGUUUGUUUAUUUGUUAAUUUGUUGGUUUACAUUCAUGUUUAUUACUUUUUUGUAUGAUUGUCAAUAAAUUCUUGAUUAAAAUAA